AAUCAAUCUCGAGGAAAAAUGUCAGGAAGAGGAAAAGGAGGAAAAGGAUUAGGCAAAGGAGGAGCAAAGAGACACAGAAAAGUUCUUCGUGACAACAUUCAAGGAAUCACAAAGCCAGCGAUUCGUCGUCUCGCUAGAAGAGGAGGUGUGAAGAGAAUCAGUGGAUUGAUCUAUGAAGAAACGAGAGGUGUGUUGAAGAUCUUUCUGGAGAAUGUGAUUAGAGAUGCUGUUACUUAUACUGAGCAUGCGAGAAGGAAGACGGUGACUGCUAUGGAUGUUGUUUAUGCUUUGAAGAGACAAGGAAGAACUCUUUAUGGAUUUGGUGGUUGAACAAUUUCUGGUGUUUUGAUGAAUUAAGUCUUGCGAUCAAG